UACAACGUAACUACGGUAUUAUACACUCAGCUGAAAUUUACAGGGACAGAGCAAGACACAGUGAGAGGGUUUUAAGCAUUGCGAAAACACCGAUGGAAGCUCUGAGCAUCGGCAUCUCUACUCCUCGUUUCCUCCCACCACCACCCACCGCCACCAGCAGAAAGCGCCACAAGCUCUCCGCCCUCAGCAACGGCUCCGCCACUCCCAACAACUUCUCCUCCACCGCCACCAAAUGGGCCGACCGCCUCCUCUCCGACUUCCAUUUCCUCCCCGCCACCGACCACCCCUCCCACUCCCCCUCUCUCUCCUCCUCCACCGCCACCACUCUCUCUCCUCCCCCAUCCCCUCCCGCCCGCCAUGUCUCCAUGCCGAUCGACUUCUACCGAGUCCUCGGCGCCGAGACGCAUUUCCUCGGCGACGGGAUCAGGAGAGCGUACGAAGCUAGGGUUUCGAAGCCGCUGCAGUACGGGUACAGCGAGGAGGUUUUGAUCGGACGAAGGGAGAUUCUUCGGGGCGCUUUUGAGACUCUUGCUGACCCUAGGUCGAGGAGAGAGUAUAACCAAGGCCUCGCUGAAGAUGAGUUUGAUACUAUUCUUACUGAAGUCCCAUGGGAUAAGGUUCCUGGAGCUUUGUGCAUGUUACAAGAAGCAGGAGAGAUUGAGGUGGUUCUUCAAAUCGGAGAGAGUUUGUUAAGAGAGAGGUUGCCUAAGGCAUUUAAGCAAGAUGUUGUUUUGACUGUAGCGCUCGCUUAUGUUGACGUUUCGAGGGAUGCAAUGGCGGUGACCCCGCCAGAUUUUAUCAAGGGUUGUGAAGUGCUGGAGAGGGCAUUGAAGUUGUUGCAGGAGGAAGGUGCCAGCAGCCUUGCACCAGAUUUACAAUCACAGAUUGAUGAGACGUUGGAAGAGAUCACCCCACGUUGUGUUCUUGAGCUCCUAUCUUUACCUCUUGCUGAAGAGUAUCAGACGAAAAGGAGAGAAGGUCUUCAAGGCAUGCGCAAUAUUCUGUGGGCUGUUGGAGGAGGAGGUGCAGCUGCCAUUGCCGGUGGCUUUACUCGUGAAGCCUUCAUGAAUGAGGCCUUCUUACGUAUGACUGCAGCAGAACAGGUUGAUCUUUUCGUUGCCACACCAAGUAACAUACCUGCAGAAAGUUUUGAAGUUUAUGGUGUGGCACUUGCACUUGUUGCUCAGGCUUUCAUGGGUAAGAAACCUCAUCUCAUCAAAGACGCCGACAACUUGUUUCAACAACUUCAGCAGACCAAAGUAGCUGCUUUGGCAAAUCCUGUUUAUAUGAAUCCUGCGAAAGAUAACCGUGAGAUGGACUUUGCAUUGGAAAGGGGUCUCUGUUCGCUGCUCAUUGGGGAGUUGGAUGACUGUCGCUCAUGGUUCGGCUUGGACAAUGACAUUUCACCUUUUAGAGAUCCAUCUAUCGUUAACUUUGUCUUGGAACAUUCCCAGGAUGAUAAGGAUAGCGAUUUUCUUCCUGGACUUUGUAAAUUGUUGGAGACAUGGUUGAUGGAGGUGGUUUUUCCAAGAUUUAGAGACACUAAUGAUAUAACGUUCAAGCUUGGUGAUUAUUAUGAUGAUCCCACAGUCCUCAGAUAUUUAGAAAGUCUUGAUGGAGUUGGUGGGUCCCCGUUGGCUGCUGCAGCUGCUAUUGUAAAAAUUGGGGCUGAAGCUACUGCAGUGCUUGAUAGUGUGAAGGUUAGUGCAAUUAAGGCACUGCAGAAGGUGUUUCCUCUUGGGAAAGUGGAUGGGAGUGUUAAACGUGUAGAAGAUGGACAGAUAAACAGUUCUGUUAUGGUUUUAGAAAGUGAGGAGAUGGGGCGACAGGAUCAAGAUGAUUCCACUAACAAACUUGAUAUUGUUGAGGAAAACAAUAAUGAUGAACGAAGUGAGCAAGAAAUGGUUGCUCACAGAAUAAAAGAUGCAAGUAUGAAGAUUAUGUGUGCUGGUGUGGUGGUUGGACUCCUGACUUUGGCUGGAUUGAAGUGUUUCCCAUUUCGGAAGGGCUCUUCAAUUCUACGUAAUGAAGCUAGUUCAGCGAUGGCUUCUGAUGUUAUCAAAGUAGGGUCCUUUGUAGCUGAAAAUCCUGAGGAAAUUCCAAGAAUGGAUGCAAAACUUGCUGAAGGUUUGGUUCGCAAGUGGCAGAACAUCAAAUCCCAGGCUCUUGGACCUGAUCAUUGUGUUGGAAAGUUGUCUGAGGUCUUGGAUGGCAAUAUGCUAAGCAUUUGGAACGACCGUGCUGCAGAAAUUGCUGAACACAAUUGGUUCUGGGACUACAUUCUUGAAAACUUGACUAUUGACAGUGUAACUGUCUCAGUGGAUGGGAGGCGUGCCAUUGUGGAAGCAACUCUUGAAGAGUCAGCCUGCCUGACAGAUAUGGCGCACCCGGAGCACAACGAUUCAUACAGUACAACCUACACAACAAGGUAUGAGAUUACGUGUACUAAGUCUGGAUGGAAGAUUACAGAAGGAGCUGUCCUCAAGUCAUAAUCCUGAUUUUAGGACACUGCAAUGACUUUUUGUGUAAAUGUUAGCCUUUGAUUUUCCAGUUUUGUUUACCUUUUUGUAGCUAAUUAAUUGGUUGUUUUGUUCGGCUGGUUGAGCCGUGGGGAUUUUCCGGUAUAUAUGUUUGUUGUUGCACCUUCUUCCAUUUGCACACAGACAUGGCUGCAAAACCAUCUAUAUAAACUUUUCAUUUUCCCUA